AUGAGUGCGGUGCGAGCUUUAGGAGGCUCUUCCAGGCUUCUUAGCACCGUCGUACGAUCACAGAGCUCAGUGGCUGCGCGUCAAUGGAUUUGCCGGCGAUGCGCGCCGACGGCUGUAUUUCAGAACCUGUCCGCAGGUCGCCGGUCCCAGGCAGUGCAAUGGCCGCUAGAUCGCCGGUGGCAGCAAAGACGAGGUGCUGCCGCCGCUGCAGCCGCCAUGCUCGAAGAAGCACAAGACGAUCCCGACUCACUUUCGCAGGAGACCAUUAUUCAUAACUUAUCGCCCGAAGAGGCCCACCGUCUGUCAAAAGUGAGGAACAUUGGCAUAGCGGCGCAUAUUGAUUCCGGAAAAACGACGGCUACCGAACGAGUUCUCUUCUACACAGGCCGAAUCAACUCCAUACACGAGGUCCGUGGCAAGGAUGCAGUGGGCGCAAAGAUGGACUCGAUGGAACUCGAGAGGGAAAAAGGGAUUACUAUCCAGUCUGCAGCCACUUACUGCGACUGGGUCAGGAAAGAGAAUGGCGUGGACGAAAAGUACCAUAUCAACUUGAUUGACACGCCCGGUCAUAUCGACUUCACGAUCGAGGUGGAGCGGGCCCUCCGCGUACUUGACGGUGCCGUCAUGAUAUUAUGCGCCGUGUCCGGCGUGCAGAGUCAAACCAUUACCGUCGACCGACAGAUGAGGAGAUACAACGUCCCCCGGAUCAGUUUCAUCAACAAGAUGGACAGAAUGGGCGCAAAUCCCUGGAAGCCCAUUGAACAGAUCAACAAGAAGCUCAAGAUUGCCGCAGCUGCGGUGCAGGUUCCAAUUGGUGCCGAAGAUGAUUUCCGUGGUUUGGUCGACCUGGUCACGAUGAAAACGAUGUACGCUGAAGGCGAACACGGCGAGAUCAUUGUCACCAAGGACGAGAUUCCUGCGGAGGUCAAAGAUCUAGCCGAAGAGAAAAGGGCGAAGCUCAUCGAAACGCUUGCUGAUGUGGACGAUGAAAUUGCCAACUUGUUCCUGGACGAGCAGGAGCCGACGACAGAACAGCUCAAAGCUGCCAUUCGAAGAGCCACUAUCUCCCUCAAGUUUACCCCCGUCUUCAUGGGAUCCGCCCUUGCCGACAAGUUUAUCCAACCGAUGCUGGACGGUGUCUGUGAUUAUCUGCCCAACCCAUCCGAGGUCUCAAAUACUGCCCUGGAUCGAAGACAGAAGGAGGCUCCUGUCAAGCUCAUCCCUUACAACUCGCUCCCUUUCGUUGGCUUGGCCUUCAAGCUCGAAGAAUCCAACUUUGGUCAACUCACUUAUAUCCGCGUCUACCAAGGGAAGCUGCGGAAAGGACUGAACGUCUUCAAUGCUCGCACUGACAAGAAGGUCAAAAUCCCACGUAUCGUGCGCAUGCACUCCAACGAAAUGGAAGAAGUCUCAGAAGUCGGCGCCGGAGAAAUCUGCGCCGUGUUUGGAGUCGACUGCGCCUCAGGCGACACAUUUACCGACGGGCAGCUCGGCUACAGCAUGUCCAGCAUGUACGUGCCUGAGCCCGUCAUCUCGCUCAGCAUCAAGCCCAAGAACAACAAGGAUCUGCAAAACUUCUCCAAAGCCAUUGCCCGAUUUCAGCGCGAAGAUCCCACUUUCCGAGUCCACUUCGACAACGAAAGUGAGCAAACUAUCAUCUCAGGUAUGGGUGAGCUGCAUCUCGAAGUUUACGUCGAACGGAUGCGUCGAGAAUACAAGGUUGAGUGUGAGACUGGCGCACCUCGCGUCGCUUACCGGGAGACCAUCACCAAACAUGUCGACUUCAACCAUCUGCUGAAGAAACAAACCGGUGGUGCAGGUGAUUAUGCGCGCGUGGCAGGCUACAUGGAACCCAAGGGCAAUCUCGAGGGCAACCACUUUGAGGAGCACAUCAUUGGUGGCGCCAUUUCCGAAAAGUUCUUGUUUGCUUGUGAGAAGGGUUUCCAUCUAUCGUGUGAGAAAGGCCCCUUGAUCGGACACAAGGUUCUCGGCGCAACCAUGGUCAUCAACGACGGUGCAACUCAUAUGACGGAUUCCAGCGAAAUGGCCUUCAAGAACGCCACGCAGCAGGCCUUCCGCAAGGCAUUCAUCGAGGCCGAGCCCGUCGUGCUCGAGCCGCUGAUGAAGACUGUUGUGACUGCCCCGACCGAGUUCCAGGGCAAUGUCGUCGGCCUGCUGCAGAAACGCAACGCCACCAUCACUGAUACGGAAGUCGGCGUUGAUGACUUCACCGUCUGGGCAGAUGCGAGUCUGCAAGGCAUGUUCGGGUUCAGCGGCAACCUGAGAGCUGCGACCCAGGGCAAAGGCGAAUUUAGCAUGGAGUUCAGCCAUUAUGAGCGAGCACCGAUGCAAUUGCAGAAGGAACUGCAGAACGAGUACCUCAAAGCACAGGCCGAGAGGAGCAAGAAAUGA